AGAGGGCUCCCUCCUGCAGCCGUCAGCCUCUUCAGCGCCCUGCCCAGGCCAUGUCCCACCUGCUGCCCCUGCUCCUGCUCCUGCUCGUGCCAGCCGGGGGCUGCUGGAGGGAGGAACCCCAGAAACUCUGUGCCCACCGCUUCAUCCGGGCCCUCGUCCAGGUCUGUGGCGGCCCCCGAUGGAGCCCCCCGGAGGGCCGGCAGGACAGCGCCAGGGAUGACCAAGAAAUACUCCAGUGGCUCCAGAACAGAGCCUUCCGGGGACUGGCGCCGGACGGGAGCAUGGACGAGAACCUGGAUGAGGGGCUGGCCGUGGGUGCCGGGGAACCGGAGUCUCCCUCGGGCAUCCGCAGGGCUCCACGUUGGCGAAGAGCCAACAGCAGCCCAGCCCAGCACUGCUGCAUCAAUGGCUGCACCAAACAGGACCUGCUGGCCUUCUGCCCCCAUUAACCCCGAGGGAGGCCCCCCGACUCCUCCAGUGCCUCCCUAGAAGGUCAAGGGAAUAGAGCACGGCUCUGGCCUGAUCUGGGGAAUGGUACUGGGCACUCCAGGCUGGCCUCGCUCAGGCACAGUCACAGGAGGAGAGAAAGAAAACCAAGAGGUCCUUCGCUCCACUGACCCCCGGCCCCAAUGAUGUGACUUCACUUGUGAUUGCCCCAGUAAAAAGCCCUGAGACACUG